GUGUUAAAUUAAAAACGUUUAUAUAUAUUCGUAAUGUUAAAUAUUUUACAAAUGUUGUUAUGUGACAGUACAUAUUGUGAAUUUUUAACUUAAAUUUUCCAUAACAUCCUACUUUGUUCCUGUGGCCUGCCUUCUGCUUAAUACUGAUAUAAAGAUAUUGCACGCCCAUCGAAGCUACCUACCUCCAGCUACUCGUCACUGCCAACUAUUCCGCCCUAUCGCGUGCUUGAUGCCGCCAUGCUAGAUUUACUCCAGACCACAUACAAGAGCGCCCAAGCGACGGUAUUCGGCAGCUGGUGGCGCACGUGACAUUCGGAGGUCACAAUGAGCCAGUCCCCGGACGAGGCCCGCGCGGCGAGGAUUCAGAAGUACAAGGAGGAACGGAGGCGACAGCUCACAGCUAGGACGGCGACUCUGUUCUCCGCUAAUGUCACUGAAAGGCGCCCCAGAAAACCAGCAGCUGCUCGAGCGCCUUUGGAGAAUAAUGCCACCUGUCUCCAGUCUUCCUCAGAGCUGAACCUCAACACAGCUUCCACUUCAGUACCUAUAAGAACUACCCGUACUUCUCGGUUGAGAGCUGCCGCAAGCCAAUCAGACAGCAACACGUCCCCAAAGAAGACUAAUAGAAGUUCCUCCGUACAAUCGCUGGUAGACGAAGACAAAGCGAAGUCACCCAGAGAUAAAUCUCGCAUUCUCACACACAGAAAACAAAGCCACGAAAAGGAGAAUUUAAAGAACGCGUCGACCGCUUCAGCAAAAGAAAAUGGUGCUAUUAGAACGAAACAUUCCAAUAAAAAAAAUAUUUUAGAAAAAGACAAAAGCAAUUUAUUAGUUAGUAGUCCUAAAGGAAAGAAUAUUGACGUGAAAGCGAAUUCUAAAAUAGAUACAACGACUAGACAAAAAAUAGUGACUGAAACGAAAUUAGUUAGUUUAAAGGAGGACCUCAAUAAUGUUGAUGAAGUUUUUAACGAUAUACUUGGUGAUAAAAAUAUUUCGACCAGCUUAGAGAAGGAUAAUUUUGAAGACUUAUAUAAAGACCUCGUUGAGCGAGACGGCGAUAGCAAUAUAGAAGAGAUUUUACAAUCAAGAAAUGUGGAUACAUCAGAGCUCAAGCAUAGCAAUACAAGCAACAUUCCGAUAGUUAAAGAAGAGUUUGUAGACAUAUCCAAUAAUGUGAGAGUAGAUAAUGUUGGCGAUGUGCCAAAAGUGAAUGAAGUGGGUUUGUUAGGGGCUGUGUGUAUACGAAAAGUGGAAAGGUUCAGUGAGUUGUUCAGUAGUUUAUGUUCACCGUGCGAAGCUGAUAUAUUGUUUGAAGAUUUGCUUGCUGAUACAGGGAUUAGCAGCGCUAAUGAUUCGCGAGCAAAGGCUCCGGAAUGCACGCCACCGUGCCGGCGCGCGCAGCCGACGCGCGUCACGAGUACGCCGAAGCGGGCGCAGGAGUCGUCGCCAGUCGUCAAUGGGGAUGGAAUCGUCACAAAAACAAGAAACCGGCGGUCCCUAGAAGCACCUAACUCCAAGACUGAUACCUCCUUACCGUCUUCCAAAAUUUCUCCUAAAAGUACUUUUAGUUUAACAUUUGGUAUAAAACCAUCAACGAAUAAAUUAACAAGUACCACUGCCCCUCUUAAAACUCCAGAUAGAAGACGUAGUUCAGAAAUUGGUUCGAAACCUAGUUGUAUACCUCUUUCUAAAAGAACUCCGGAUAAAAUUACCCGUACGUCUACUUCACCUAUUAAAGUAGAACCGUUAAAGGAUUCACCGAAAACUGACACCGCGCAUACGAAAUUAAGAAACGAACGGUUGAAAAAUAGAUCUCUCCUAAAAAGCCCAGAAAAGGCAAAGAGUGAUUCUGAAAGUAACCGUAACGAUAGAACACAACGAGCUCAAAAGAAUUAUGAAAGUGCUAAUGAAAAGUAUCAUAGUUCGAAAAAAAGACUGACUAGUUUAAAUAAUUCUAUGAGAGACAAAAGUAAUGCUAGAAAUACGUCUAGUAAGAAACUUUUAGAUAAUAACUCUCCUAUUAAUUCUAAAGGUAAUACUUGCGUUCAAGGCUUAGAAAAUUCUUCAGACUCUAAAAGUAUGUCUACGCUUCAUGAACCUGUUAGAACACAUGCUAGUUCUAGACUUUCACAAGAAAUGGAUAGUCUAGCGGCAUUAACUAAACAAACAUUAGAUAGAGUUAACAAAUUGUCAAAUAAUUUAAAUAGCAACAAAUUGAAUGUUAACCCAUCUGAAUCGAAUUUUAAUACACUUUUUGGAUCAGGACCCUCCGAACAACAAAAUAAUAAUCACACAUUUAACUAUGGCCUCAUUCCGGAGAAACCUGUACAAAACAGAGGAGUAACGGAAAGAUUAAAAGAUAUAGAUGCGGCAGCUCAGAGACUGAUCGACUUUGAAAAGCAAAGUGCAAUGUUUUCUGAUCUCAAUAAUGAUUCGUCUAGUCAAAAUCGCCGUCUAGAUAAUUCGUCGACGUCUCAUCUUACGCCUGUAUCUAUAUUGAAGAGAAAAUCAAUUCAUGAAGAUACUGCUGCUACUAAUACCCCAAACAAUUCUAUUGCUUCACCGCCUGUUACUUUCUCACCUAACGUCGUUGAGCCACGUAGUUGUCGAUCUGAAAGCAGGCAACGUCAAGGAAUCCUUAAGAAACGUCGAAGUUUAGAUGAGUCCCAAGUUGCAAGACGCAGAUCUUGCAGUCCGGAAGUCUCAUUCGCAGACGACGGUUCGCCAGAUACAUGUAAACCAAUCCUCAAGAACAGACGUUCAUCGUUGGAAGAUGUAGUCCGUAACCGGUCUCCAGAUGGCCAGAUUCAUGGAAUUUUAAAAAGAAAAAUGAGCAAAGAAGAAGAACACGUCAACGAUGAUGUAUCUCACGGAUCUCCGGAACCACACGGGAUCUUGAAGAGAAAAUCGAAUUCAAGUUCAAGUAGUAGCACCACAUCGUCUCAUGUUUCAAUCGCCCAAGCCGUGCUGCUGGCAGCUGCGGGUGGAGCUGAGAUUAUAGAACGUGAGGAAGACAAAGACGCGGUGCGGCCAAUACUUAAGAAAAAAAGUUUUUCCGAGGAAAGACCCUGUCUUGACGUUUUACCUUCAGAUACACCGAAACCAAUAUUAAAAAAGAAAUCGACAGAUCACGACGAUUACGACUUAGAGCUUCCCAAAAAACCUAUAUUAAAAACAUCGAAAAAAUUGUCUGGUGACGAAGGACACGCUUCUAGUUUCGAUUUGAGCGAAGACGACAGAAGCUCCCGCAGGCCUUCACUGCUCAGAUCGCGAACAUCCGACCAUUCAGGCUCCGAAUGUGAAACGGCGGUGAAACCGAUAUUAAAGCAAAGAGGAUCUAGUCUCACUAGGGAACGCAGCCAAUCCCCGCGCCCACGGCUGUCGUUCUGCGCUGACAACGACGCUAGUACUAGUGUGACUAAUUUCAGUAGCGAACCGAACGACUUACUAGCGGCUGGACCGCGGCGAGUCUUAAAUCUUUCCUCUCCCUCCGAUGAAAGUUAUCCUAGUGCAGUUGUUAGACGACGAAACCUUCGUCCCAAAGCGAACCCACGCUCUAUGAGUUUAGUGUGUGACGUCAAUGAGGAGUUAUUGUCUAUAUUAAACAAUCGUAGACGACAAGUCGACGAGAAUUUAGAGAACGGUCCUAACGAACUGUGGGACAGGAACGAAACAACAGACGAAAAUAGUCAGAAACAAUUCCCUUCCAUCGCAUCGAGAAUUAAAGAUAUGGAACAGGCUCUCACAAAGGACAAUUUUCUGCGAGACUUGCCAUCAACGUCGAAAUCCAAAAAUAGGGAUAAAGAACGCUACAAAACGCAACCUGUAACCAUUGAUGAGAUGCGGUCAGUGACAUCCAAUUUGGAGCCGGGCCAAGCGAGUUUUCAAGCGUUCGGCCCCGCGGGCUGUAGUUUUCCGACCAAUUCCGUCGAGUCCGGUGCUCCUUUCUCGAAUAGGGGCCCCUACAUUGGGGAACCCGUGCGGGACCAUUUCGCAGACCUAAAGUCGCCUCCUUUCAGUACCGGUUCCUACAUACCCAAGUUUCCAGUCGUCAACGGUGGCUCGGAAUCGCCAAACUCCAAAACAGACAGCUUUGGAGAGGCCUUGUUUUUAGAUUUUGAGAAGAUCGCUGAAGACGCUGAAGGGAACCAGACGCUCGAUGAAAUAGAACAAGAAGUGAAUAAAGUUCGCGUCGCCUUGGACGAGGACAGCCGCGCUCUGGAGGAGGACGAGAGGAAUCAAGCAGAAGCGGACAACUGGAGUCUGAACGUAUCCUGUGAUAGCGGAGUAUAUAACAGAGCUUCAUCUCGAGAUUCAGGACCUCAUUCCGGUGAAGAGUUGGGGCUGAUAGAAAGCCAGGAGAUAAGGGAAAACCACGCGGCGAACAGCAGUCAGGAGUGGUCUCCGUCGUCAAUAGAGCACGGUCUGAUCACCAUGAACCGUGAAAGGAAAUCCACUGAGAACGAAGCUUUACGCAGCCCUCAAGAGCAAAGGAGUGAUGAUGAAGAAGAAAAUUCAGGCUUCGCCCUUGGUCUCGUUAAGAGCAACAGUGUUGUGGCGCGCGCCAGCAUGUGGCAACAGUUGCAGCAACAAGCCAAAGGCACGCCUAAGCCGCUUCUACGGCACAGUCGGUCGAAGAUAAAAGAUGGCCCACCAGUUAUAGAGCGGUUCAAAACACAAAGUAUCGAACUGCAAUCACCGACUAAGAUAGCUCCUAAGGAAGGCUUCUCUCUUUCUCAGUCUAAGAGCACAGCCAACGUGUUAGACAGAGAUGAAGAUGCUAAGUUAGACGACGACGAUCCGGCGAAAAUGUCCCUCAUGGAGAAAAUGAAGAUGUUCAACUCGAAGUUGACCCACAAGCCCCCCGUGGCGGGUCUCCCGCGGCCCAAAGAGGAACGAGUCCCCAGAGCCUCCAGACUGCGCACGAUGCCGGUUCUCUCCAGCCAAGUCCAAGAGGCGAUGGAACAAAACGAAAGGCUAACCAAAUCCCUCACACACGAGGACGUGCCCAGAAACCCCGACUUCCAACUGAAGAUGGAGUUGUUCCGUUCCGCGAGCGCUAAGAACACGUCGUUAGAAUAUCUCAUGAAGCAGAACGCGAAGUUUAGAAGUUUAGACCUCGACGACGACACGCCGUCGGAACGUGCGCAGCGCAUGAUCACACCGGAGGUGCGCGGGAUACUCAAGUGCGGUUCCACGGUGGUGCCUUCCAAACCCAAAACCUUGGCUAAGGGAGAGAGCUCUGAGGGCCUAAAAGAUGAGGGCAUUGACAGUUCAUCGGACGAGGAAUCCGCGUCAGCAUCAAGCGUCUCAUCAUCAGAGAAAAGCUGCUCCUCAUCAGACAGUUCCGACGAAAUACCCGGUCCAAAGCCCAAGCGGUUCCAACGAAAGAACAACAAGCUCAGAUCAUCCAGAACGGAAUCUGAUCUCAGUAAUUACCAGGACCAAAGGAAGAUCCAACUACCAGGAGCCAAUGAAUUCAAGGAGCGGCUCAAUCAAGCGAAAAACGCAAACGUUAAAGUGCCAAUACUAGGCAAACUAGGCCGAAAACCGUCUGACGCUAAACCAGAGGAAGACAAAUAUAAAAAGUUCGUGAAGAAACUGGAUGAGCCAAUACAGUUGGCUAAAUUGCGGCGGCCGAUGGAAAAAACUUCGUCGCUAGAAGAGAAACCGCCGGCGUUGAAGAUUUCAUCUAUCAAUUUAGCCGCCAAGAAUAAGUUUUUUGGACUAGAGGAUAAGAAGGAGAAGAAUGUGGAUGAAUUGACCGCUGCUGUCAGGAAGUAUAUUGCACCGAUGAGCAAAUCAAUAUCGGUGCACGCAAUGGAGGGUGCGUCUGGUAGCGACGGGGAGAGCAGCGGCGGGCGGGAAGUGCGACAGAUUAACACUAGGGGGCGACACAGAUUCGGCGGUGGGGUUCAACGGAGCGCCACACAUGCCGACAUGCCACAUCGGGGAGGCACCAUCGCUGAGAGGCUAGCGGCGCUGCAAGCGGCUGGCGCGAACGACUGGCGCGCGCGCGUGUGCCGGCUCAGCCCGGAGCGAGACGACUCGAAGGCGAUCGAGCGAGCCAAGAAUAGGAUCAAUGAGACACUAAAUGCAUCGGUCGACGAUAAGAAGAAGGUGCACAUAGAUGAAAACGAAUUGGGUCAAAACAUCCUCGCGGAUCGACGGAAUAAAUUAGAAACCGCCGCGCAGGGAUGGCGCAAACGCGUGCCACAAAGCGAUGCAACGCUGUUCACAGUGGCGGGUCGGUUGGAGCGCGACAAGGUGGCCACGCCGCCGGUGACGCCGCCCCCGCUGAGCACGCCGCCCGCCUGCUCGCCCGCCAUCACACCCGCCGUGCCGCCGCCCAACCGCUUCAGAUCACGAAAGGCGCCAACAUCCCCUACCAAUGGCUUCGCAUCAGGCCCGCUACGAUCCGCUUCGUGUGCGGUUAUGGGCGCAGCUGUCGAUGUCAAACCUAAAGAGACGCCCAAAAUCGAUCGCGAGUCGUUCAAACGCAGUCAUUCCGUCAGCGAGAACAUUAGUCGAGAUGAGAACGAGGAAGUAUCCCCCGGUGCAGAAAAGCCCGGGUGCCCGGUGCGAGUGCCGCGCGCGGACGACGAAACGUUCCACGCGUUCUUUGCGCCGCUACAGCAGUUGGAUAAAACGGUGCCUGUGGAGCAGCUCGAUAUUGAUUUGGAUGCUAUUGAUAGUGCGUCGAGGCAAAUGUUGUCGAGCGAGUGCGCGCGGCGGGCGAAGCGCGAGCGGCGGCACGCGGCGUCGCGCAACCCGCUCAAGGCGCUGGCGGCGCGCACCGACCUGCGCGACGAGUACCACGCGCACGCGCUGCCCACACGCGACGCCUUCCUCAAGGAGAAGGUGACAGCGAACUGCGGUCUAGCGGCUGAAGCGCUUGCAGCGCUGGCGAGUAAGGAGGACUUCUCCAGUGUAGCGCUGCGCAGCGCUUCAGCGACCAACGUGCCGAGCCACGGCACCAAGCCGCUGAUGCUGCUGCACGUUAAGGGCAGGCGGCGGGUGCAAACUCGUCUCGUGGAGCCCGUACAUACUAACGUGAACCGCGGCGACUGCUUCCUUCUCAUCACACCCGAUCAGUUGUUCCUUUACAUUGGUCUAUAUGCUAAUGUUAUUGAAAAGAACCGAAGUACUGAUAUCGCAAAUCACAUUAUGAACACAAAAGAUCUCGGCUGCAAGAACGCCACGUCGAUCAUCAAAAUCGACGAACAAACAAAAAUCUACUCGAACAAACAUUGGAAUCAGUUCUGGUCACUUCUUGGUGUAACAGACGGCAUCGAGGAGUACAGUCCCGUAGAAACUGGCCACGCCGAUGAGGACGAAAUAUUCGAGUGGUGCAUCGUGCAAACAAACAUGUGCUAUGAAGUCAUGGAUGAUGAAUUGGUGCCAAUCAAAGAGUACUGGGGCCAAGUGCCAAAGAUUGCAAUGCUGAACCAAACGAAAGUGAUCGUUUUCGACUUUGGAUCAGAAAUGUACAUUUGGUACGGCAAAAAUGUGCCCCUGGAAAGUAGGCGGCAGGCCGCGCAGUUGGCGCAAGAGCUAUUUGACGAUGGAUAUAACUAUGAGGAAUGUCACAUAAAUCCUUUGAAUGCGGCCGAAUAUCAAGGUGCUAGAAAAGACACUACAAUAGCAACAAAAUCCUCCAAAAGUCGACCCGACUGGGCGAUCAUGUCCAAAGUCACACAACACAUGGAGACUAUUCUAUUCAAAGAGAAAUUCCUCGACUGGCCGGAUUACAGUCGAGUCAUUAAAGUCAAACCACAAGAAAAUAAGUCGAACGCCGUGGAACUAACGCCCUGUGAUGCUGAAGAAAUGUGGUCCAACGAGUACCAGGAUCCAGAUCUCAUUCUAGAAGGAUCCCACAUCGGUCGCGGAACACAUUACUACGACAAAGAGUCGAUGCGGCAUUAUGAAAUUAAAACGCAAUCAGUAUGCAAAUGGUUGAUUCAAGAAUACGACUACCAGAAAGUCGAAAACGAAUCGGAAAUCAGUGAAUUUUACUCUGGAGACAGUUAUAUUAUCAAAUGGGAUUAUCAGAUAACUGUUUCUGGUAGGGAGCUAAAUGGAAAACCUUCGAAACACAACCUUACGGGUAGAGAUCGGUGCGCGUAUUUCUGUUGGCAAGGCAAAGAUGCUUCAUCCAACGAGAAAGGUGCUGCGGCUUUGCUAACCGUUGAAUUGGACAAAGGAAAAGGUCCUCAAGUCCGAGUUGCGCAAGGAAACGAGCCGCCCGCGUUUAUGAAUCUCUUCCAAGGCAAUCUGGUGAUACAUCAGGGCAAGCGAGACACGGACAAGAACAAAUACCGCCUAUACGUAACAAGGGGAAACGUGACCAACGAAGCGUACCUCUUACAAGUGCCGUGCUCUGUCAGACAGCUUAGAAGUCGCGGUUCUUUGGUCCUCAUCGAUACAGAAAAAGCGUGUUUAUACGUGUGGCACGGAUCGCGAAGCUUAAAGCACACGAAGCAAGUUGCCGUCGAUUUAGCGAACAAAUUAAUUGCGAGGAAAUCGAAGCAUUUGUUUGGCGAUAGGGCUGUAGAUGUGAAAGUUGUGGAAAUUAAGGAAGGCGAGGAGCCAAAAGAGGUUUUGGAGGCGUUAGGUGUUGCCAAUAAGCAGUAUUAUAACACAGUGUUGAGUGCGGGGAGGGAGGCGGGUGCGGAUGUGACGCCGAGGUUGUUCCACUUUACUGAUUUGAGCGGACAAUUUGAGGCGCACGAAGUGUUGUCACCACUGCGUCAUGAGAGUUUGGUGACGCCGUUCCCGUUCGAACAGAAGGAGCUGUAUUCGGCUUCGCAACCUGCUCUAUUCCUAUUGGACGACGGCAAGUGCGUGUGGUUAUGGCAAGGCUGGUGGCCGCGUGGGGAGGAUGGGGAGCUUGAACCAAUCGAGAGAAAUAACGGUGUGGGCGCGUUCGCGUCCCGCUGGGUGUCACUGCGCGCGGCGGCGCUGCGCACGGCGGACGCGUACUGGCGCGCGGCACGCGGCUCGCACGCGCCGCGCCCCGACGUGCAGCUCGCGCUCGCCGGCCUCGAGCCCGACGCCUUCACCGCGCUCUUCGACACGUGGCGGGACUGUGACGACGCGGCCGAGGCUAACAUCGCGCUGGGGUACAAGGCGGGCGAGGCGGUGAGCGCGUGCGUGGAGCUGUCGCGCGUGACGGCCAGCGCCGUGCUGCUGCCGCUGGCCGCGCUGCAGCGCCGCCCGCUGCCCGACCUCGUCGACCCGCACCACCUCGAGCGGCACCUCUCCUCGCCGCACUUCGCGGAGGCUUUCGGCAUGACCAAAGAGGAGUUCGCGUUGCUCCCGGCGUGGAAGCAGACCAACAUGAAGAAGGACCUCGGGCUGUUUUGACCCGGCGGCCCCGCUACAAGUGUCGACGUUAGAUUAAACAGUUUUAUACAACAGCAGCUAUUUCGUACUUUUUAUACUGAACUAAAGGAUUUGAUACUAAAGUUAAGAGCACGCUUUAAAUUUUAUAGCAGCGGUUAAGAAAUCGUCAUUUUUGUACUAACCGAGUGUAACUAUGUAUUCGUACUCGUGAUAUUUUCAUGUAACGCCGCUAGGUGGCGAUAUUUCGAGGAAUUCGAAGAACGGAAUUGUAUGCUGUAUUGUUAUUUGUCGCAUCCAUAGCAUGGUUUUAUUAUUUGUAUAUAGAUGUUUUGUUUAUUUAUUAUUAUUGAACGUUCCUCUCGUUUCUGAUAUGAUAUUUUAAAACGCACCGUUUGUAUUAUUAUUAGUUUUGUAUAAUAAUUUUAUUUACUUAGUUUUGUAGAUUCCUUUUCGGUGUUAUAUUUGCAUGGAUAUGACAAAGCGGCAAUGUGUAAACGUGAUAUUUUUGUAAUUUACGAUAUCGUGAAGUGAAUUUUUAAUGUAUUCAUCGAUUUGUUUUAACGGAAUUCGUUAAAAAAAGUUUGGUGAAUAUUUCGACUGAAAUUUAUUUGAUGGUAUCGUGAAGUCUUUGUAGAAUAUAAUAUUGUAUCUGGUCAUGUAUGGAUAUCGUUUGUAAAGCGCUAGGUAUACAAACAUUAUAUACGCUUAGGGGUAGUUUUUGUAAUCUGCGACGGUAAAAUAUAUACGCAAUAUGUAUUAAAUGUUAAUAAUCCCCUAAUUUUCCACUUUCAGUUUAGCUAACAAAAUUAACAGUUCAAUAUUUUAAAUAAACAUUAAUAACGUACCUUUUUUCUGUCACUAAUAAUUGUCGAAUUACAUUUGCGUAGAUAUUGUAUCGCGUGGAAUAUACUAUUGAUUUAAUACAUCACAUAUCUACGCGUUAGCUACUCUAUACCAUGCCUUAGGUGGACCAUAAAUUGUUGAAGUUUAAACAUCGCGUAUACCUUUUAACAAUAUCAAGAAAUGUUUUAAUCACCAAGUUAAAUUUGUAUAUUACUGACACAUAUUAUGUGACUUUUUAAUGACUUUUUAACAAUUUUGAAACAAACUUGACUUCCAUUUUACCUAAAGCGUAGUAGUGUUGCAUGAUGAAAAAAAAAAUUAAAAAAAUAACAUUUGUCCGCUCAAAGCAUCGUGGCUUGCAUAAAUCGUAACGCUCUUGCUAUUAUUACAAUUUCAGAUAUUUAUUUUUGUAACUAUUUUAGUAUUAAUCUUGUAAUAAUUUUCCACGGAUGGAAGCGUCCGUUGUAAGCGGUGUUGCCAGGAUGGAGUUACUGCCAGGGAGAAGAGGAAGGAUCUAAAUCGAGUCAAACUAGUUAAUGUACUUAUAUGGAAAUUGUAUCGAAUGCAUUUACGGCCAACACUGAACGGGCCUCCGCGACAUAUAACGUAUCUCUCAAAUCCAAUGUUUAAUGUUUUGCUUUGGUUGUGUUACUUAUAUUAUUAUUAUUGUAUUUGAGAUUUAUUUUGUAUAUUAAUGAUGUAAUAAAUUGCUAAAUUGAAUGCGAA